CUGGAGUUCUAUUUCCCUUCCGGUCGUCCGACGCGCUCGCGAUCUCUGAAUCAAGAUCGCAGGAACUUGUAGGCUGGAGGUUAUGGCAACCAUCUCCGAUUUUCAUCUCAAUCGGGUUCCUUGUCCGGGAAGCCCUUGUGCGAAUUCUGUGACGGAGUGUAGUGGUGCUCGGAGGAAGAGAGAGGUUAGGUUUAGAGCGUUGGGAAAUUCGGAGGGGUUGGGGUUUCUUGUGCAGAAUGGGGCGAGGAAGUCUCGAGGGUUGUGUUGGAACGCCCGCGGGUCCAGAAGAGCGAAGAGGAUGGUUGUCGCUGCGAGCCCUCCUACCGACGACGGGGUGGUUGUCACGGAGCCGUUGAUGAAAGAGGACCUUGUUGGUUACCUCAAUUCUGGUUGUAAGCCGAAGGAGAUGUGGAGUAGCUGGGAACUUUUGUUGACAGAGGAGCACUUUUGUUGUAACAGAAUUGGCACUGAACAUGAAAAGUUUGGUUUUGAGGUUGGAAGUUUACGCCCAAUGAAGUAUGAACAGAUCGCAGACUUGCUCAAUGGUUUAGCAGAGAGAUUUGAUUGGGAUAAAAUUAUGGAAGGUGAUUAUAUUAUUGGUCUCAAGCAGGGAAAGCAAAGCAUUUCAUUGGAGCCUGGUGGUCAAUUUGAGCUUAGUGGUGCACCACUUGAAACACUGCAUCAAACUUGUGCUGAGGUUAAUUCACACCUUUAUCAGGUAAAAGCAGUGGCAGAGGAAUUGGGUCUUGGAUUUUUAGGCAUUGGUUUUCAUCCCAAAUGGAGGUUGAGUGACAUUCCUGUAAUGCCAAAGGGAAGAUAUGAGAUUAUGAGGAACUACAUGCCUAAAGUUGGUUCUCUUGGACUUGAUAUGAUGUUUCGGACUUGUACAGUUCAGGUUAAUCUUGACUUCAGUUCUGAAUCAGAUAUGAUUAAGAAAUUUCGUGCUGGUCUUGCUUUGCAGCCUAUUGCGACAGCAAUAUUUGCAAAUUCGCCUUUCACUGAAGGAAAGCCAAAUGGUUUUCUGAGCAUGAGAAGCCACAUAUGGACUGACACUGACAAUAAUCGUGCGGGAAUGUUGCCUUUUGUAUUUGAUGAUUCUUUUGGAUUUGAGCAAUAUGUGGAGUAUGCUCUUGAUGUUCCUAUGUACUUUGUCUACCGAAAAAGGACGUAUAUCGAUUGUACUGGAAUGUCCUUCAGGGAUUUUAUGCGAGGAAAACUUCCUUCACUUCCUGGGGAGCUUCCAACUCUGAAUGAUUGGGAGAAUCAUCUAACAACCAUAUUCCCUGAGGUCAGAUUAAAAAGGUACCUGGAAAUGAGGGGUGCUGAUGGUGGUCCUUGGAGGAGGCUAUGUGCUUUGCCAGCAUUUUGGGUAGGCUUAUUGUAUGAUGAGGUUUCUUUACAGAAUGUUUCAGAAAUGAUCUCUGAUUGGACAAGAGAAGAAAGAGAGAUGCUACGCAAGAAGGUCCCUGUGACUGGAUUGAAGACACCGUUCCGGGGUGGCCUGUUAAGACAUGUUGCUGAAGAUGUUCUGAAGUUAGCUAAAGAUGGACUGGAGAGAAGAGGAUAUAAAGAAGCUGGGUUCUUAAAAGAAGUCACUGAGACAGUCCAAACAGGAGUGACUCCAGCUGAGAAACUUCUGGAGUUGUACAAUGGGAAGUGGGGAGGCAGGGUUGGUCCAGUUUUUCAGGAAUUGUUGUAUUGAGGUACCUGUAAGUUUGAUAUCAGGUGCAUUCACGUUCUACCGUGAUCCAAUAUUUCAACCUGGAACAAUUUCAGAGACCAUCAUGGUCAUACUCAGGUUGGUGCAUUCUUCAUCCACAUGUCGAGGAUCGGCCAUUGCCUGGUUAAAUGGCUUGGCAGAGCUUCAGUUGUAGGAGAGAGAAUUGUACUCCGACAAACCUUUGAUUUUGUGGUCAUCUUUUGUGAUGAAGUUUCCCUGCUUUCCAUUUGAUUACCCAAUGAUACAAAGGUAAUAACACCGGAUUUCCAUGUACACAGGAAACUUGAGAUCACAUGAUAUGGAUGACCAUCAUUAUAGAUGAUUAAGGGCUGAAAUCUUAUAGUCAUGGUUUGGUCGGUUUUGAUGUAUUUAUUCUAUUAUUGAACCAAGGCUACUCAUAUGUUUACAACUU